GGCAAUUAUAUGAAUAUGCAUAGUAUUAAAAUGUUGUCAUACAUCUGUUAUGAAUUUUAAAUGUUUUGUUAUAAUUUUGUUACAAAAAAUAAUAACAAAUAUUAUAAAAAUUUAUUAUGGAUACAUAUUCACAAAGAAAGAUCCUUACAAAAUAAUUAUAUCAACUUCUGUUAUUUCUGAAAACAGAAGUCAUAAUUUUGUUAUAAUCUUGUUAUGUGCUUCUAGUCGGGUUCCCUAAAAGUUCAACAAUAGUAAUACUUUAAAUGACUGCCAAAAUAUUAGAGAAAUCUAUAUUCCUGAACAACAACAAUUAUUAAUAUUCUAUCAGUACAACUUGAGUUGAAGAAGGGAAAAUCUUCUAUUUAAAUACAGUAUUGUUCUGAUUUUAUCACCUCUCUUUUCAAAAAUAUGUUUGGACAUUGUACUAAAUCUACAUUCGUUUUCAACAUUUUCAAUGGUGUAAUACGCGCCAACAUCCUUUUUAAAUAAAAGGGGAAAAUGUACCUUUCAAUGUAAUAAAAAUCGCGCGGAGAGCGUGGUAAAAUCGCCACAUUACUGUAUUUACAGCUUAUUUUGGGGAUAGUUUAAGAACUCGUUUUGCAGAACGUCUAUUUGGGGUUACACAGAGCUCGAAAGCCAUUGCUAAACCAUCUCGUGGGAACAUAGUAAUAAUUCAUAUAAGACUCACACUGAUCGUGUUAUAAUCAGAUCAAAAUUAUAACAAUACAAGAUAUGUGUCUUUGCUUCAAUAUAACCAGUUUCUAUCAUAACUUUGUAACAAUACUAUCUGAAAACCAUAGAAUCAAAACUAAAAUUUGAUACAAUUCAUAUCAUAAUGAGUUAUAAUAUUUUAUUAACUUCAAAGAUUUCAAACAAGAUUAUAACACAAUGAGUUAUAUGGUUUAUUAUAAUUAUGCUACAUUUUUGUUACAAUCUUCAAGUCGAGUACCUACCAACGUUAGUUUUCACCUUGUACAAUAAAAAACAUAUGAUCCAGCUUGAACUUAACUCUGCCGUCUUUGUUUAUUGAGUGAUGGUUUCAGAUGGCAUGAUUUGCGCAAAUGUACAUAUAACUGUUACUAUGCCAUGACGUGGAGCCUGGGGUGAUGGUUAAAGCACGUGACCAACACGCCGAGGACUUGGGAUCGAAUCCCACUCCCGACAAACUCACAAAAUGUUCACAAAUGAGUACUUCCUUCGGAAGGGAAGUAAAGGCUGGGUCCCGAGAUGAACUAGCCUAGGGCUAAAAAUCUCGUUAAUACAGAUACAAAUAAAUGCCAUGACACGAUUGCUGUCAAAGAUUAUGGGCCCGUACAAGAUUCUCCGGUUUUCAUAAGCAGUGUCGUCGUGUCCUUAACAUUCCCCGACCUGUAAAAGGAUUCGCUUAAGAUAUUCUCCUAAGAUUUUCUGGAAAUACCUCCACCCGAGCAGAAGAGAAUAACAACAGCAUAACAAAAUGCGUUACUUUGGUAAAAUAACUGCAUAAUGGAAUUUGUAAUUUUUAUGUUUUUAACAUAACAUAUUGAGUUAUAAACUUGUCUGUCAUAAGCGGCAAAAUAACAAAUCACAUAACAAAAAUUUGUUCCUGGAAAAUCAAUUCAAUAACAUGUUUUGUUAGUGUCAAUAACAACUUAAUAACAGUGAAUUUGGGAAAUGUUUCAAUAACAAAUUUUGAUAUUAAAGAGUUAUUGAUAACAUUCCGAAAGCAAAAUUAGUAAUGAUAUCAAACGAUCGCAUAUGCUGUUGAAUAGGAUGCUAAAGUGGAGGCGAUAUGAGUACACUUUACCCGUGGUUAAAUGGAAGUAUUUACGCAUAGGCCCUCCAUUUUAGCAUCCUAUUCUACAUCAUAUUUGACUUCGUGUUGGCUGAGAAUGCUAUACAUAUUUAUUUCUGAAAAAUCCCAUUCAAAACCAUCUAUAAUUUUGGAUUCAGCUGUCUGUAUUAGAUUUGUUUGAACAAAUUUACUCAAUAAGUUUGACAUUUUUAUCAUUGAAAUUCUUAUGUCAAAGGCGGAAUCUGGAACGUCCCUUUCAAACCCCACCUUCAAUAUCGUUUGCUAUGUUCUCGUUUUGAUGUAUAGGGUACAUUUAAGUUACAACUCAGUCAAUUUCAAACCUCGCGCCGCCCAGCAGGGACUUGGUGUUGUACACAUAACAGCACCUCCAUGUCACGUAAUACACCACACCUCUUAUCAAAUGUGAUACCGUAAGCGUAACAUACUUUGCGCACCUUGGGCCUAACUUUGCGCACUUUUCAAAAAAUCGUUCAACAAUUUUGCUGGUGCAUUAUGCAAAUUUUUUCCCACGGAAUACUAUCACUAGCUAGUGUUCCGUGGAAAAAAGUUUGCUUGCACUCUGUCUCAGUUAGGAUGUAAUAAAAAAUGGAAGAGGAAGACAAAUUGAUGAGAGAAUAUGCAGUUGUUCCCCUCACUCACGAAAUGCUGUAAAUAGCGUUGUAGAAUGACGUAAGUUUUAUUUCAAAACUUGUUUUGGUUUAAAUAGCAUAAAUAGCAUAGCAUAAAGCAUUUGUACACUCUCAAUAAUACAAUAAUAACUAAACUUGUUCCACAACAAAAUGUAAUAUUGAAAUGUUAUUUAAUUGCUGUAUACCAAUAGCUUGGUCAUCUAUAUAUAUAAAAAUGAAUUUCCGUCUGUCUGUCUGUCUGUCUGUCUGUCUGUCUGACCGCUAUGCAUUUGGAAACUACUGAACCGAUCGGUGUGAAAUUUUGUAUGCGGAUAUGUUUGAGGCCGGGGAAGGUUCUUAGCUUGGUGUGAGACCUCUCCGGUCUCGAGAACGGGGGGCUCCCAUACAAAUGAAGUUACGGGGCACUUCUCCAUGGAGGUGUAUGCCAGAAAACGCAGUAGUCAGGCAGUACGAUGUUUGUCGGGACAACAAUCUAGAGUGCGUUGCUAAGAUCCCAUUGCUCAACAAGUAUGUCAAAUUGCCAAUGUUCAGGAUGCAGGUCUUUUUUUACUAUGGAGCCCGCCUGGCCCUGGAGGAGCGAUGCAUCGCGAUGGGUAGAACCUGAGGUAGUGUUCCAGAACCUUGCGGCACCCGAGAAACGGGUUUGGUAAUCGACGGCAUCAUCUGGAGGUUUCUGUGCAAGUGUACAACGAGGCGAUCACCGUUGUGUCACGGAUGAUGCGAUCCCGAUGCUCUAAAAUUGAAAAAUUCGUUUCAAAUAAAUAAGAACAUGUACCGUGCCCUUUCCUUAAAUAAAUAACUGAAGUUUUCAGUAUUAAGUUUAAUUUUAAUAAACUACACGACGGCCGAGUUCACUGACUUUUCAACCAUCUUUAACAAUUUGAUGAUUUAUUCGGAAAACUUCUGACAAUUAAAUGAAUUUGUUUUGUACACAGUGAGUUUGCCGAGUUAUACGGGAAGGACUAAUACAACUUUUGAUCCCGGGUAUCGGCCGCAAGUCGCAAACUUCUGAUCAAUCCAACGGCUGCAUCUUGGGUAGGCACAAGAGAACUCUUUCUACUCCCAGGUCCACAGGCGUUUUUGAAUGGGUGACCUAGGAAUUGAUAGCGGAAGUGUUCCUGAGGUAUGAAAAAACAUUACUGGCCAACGAAAUCAGAUGGAUCGCUAGCUUUGCGGCUUUGUCAUAGCGAUGGCUAGGAAUGGAUCGAGUGCACCGAUUGGUUAAUAAAAGGAGCUGGAUACCAGGGGUGGAUGGUGUCAUGCUGAAGAGCUGUCUUGGACACAGCCAUAGUGGAUUUGUAAAUACUGAAUGAAUUAUGCGAUCCUUGCUAAAGUUUUAACGUUAAUGCUUUAGUCGCCCCCGGAGGUUCGUUGAUGUGAUCGAUGAAACGGCCCAAGAGAGGCCGAUCUGAUGCAUGAUUGUUAGAGACUGCUAUGAAGGUUAAACGUAGCUGCUUCAGAAUUGGGUCGUCCGCGCUGGGUUAUGAUAAAUCAUUUUUCGUUGAUAUUGCCCACAUAAAGCGGAAUAGGGGUUGGAACGUUAAACUAGCUUCAAGAAAUUUAUCCUACAACCUUAUUGAAAGAACAAGGUACGUGAACAAGCCUACAAUAACAGGACAUUAUCGGAAUAACAAAAUAUGCAAUAAUCUGUGGGUAUUCGUGAGGAUUUUAAUAAGCAAAGGACGUAACGGGACCAGAUAGAAAGAGGCAUCGUGGCGAAUCAUGCAUACGUUCUGCAAUACCGUGCAAAAUUAUUCGGCAUUGUUUGACAAAAAUAUUAACGCGAUAUGCUGAAGGUUUACCAGGUAUACCUCUACGAACUCCAGAUUCUUCAAUAAGAGGUCUUCCAUCAAUUACUUGAAGGGUAGAUCUUGACCACGCAGGGGGGGGGGGGUGGUCUGAGAGGCAUUCAGCUGACAAUGAAUGUGACGAAACACGAAUGAAAAAAUGAGAAUGUAAAUUUUCAUUUUGAAUCUUCGACUUUUUUACUCUCUGGGUACGACAUGAGUAAUUUUCUUAUGUAUGUUUGUGAGCUUUUAUAGCUAUUUUCGAACUCCUUUUAGAAAUUGGUGCAAAUCAGAUAAAAGAAUAAACUAAGGAUUAAACUUUGAAAAUAAUCUUUUAUAUCCCUAAAUAAUACAGGUAGGUUGAAAAAACCAACAUGAUCCAAACCUAACCUGGGAAACCAACGACUGCUCUCAUAAACUAAACCACCAUUUUGGAAACCGAUAGAGGUCACAUACCAUAAAACCCAAAGAACUAAAUUAAUGUAAACCUGAACUCCAUACCAGGUUGAUUUGUGACGCUCAAAAAAAAAAUAUAAAACUGAAUUUCUGUCUGUCUGACCCUUAUGGAUUCGGAAACUACUGGACCGAUCUUGGGACUGAUUGGUAUGGAAAUUUGCAUGCAGGGGUUUUUUGGGACGGGGAAGAUUCAUGUGAUGGUUUCAGUCCAUCCUUGAAAGGGGAAAAGGCAUAAUUUGGAAAUGGUGUUCGGCUGAUGACGAUUAGGCCGAACGUCAUACAACCGAUUGCACAAUAUCCCGAAUGAACAUUAGGCAUAAUGGCCAUUGAUCCAAAAGAUGAUCAGGCGGAAAAUCAUCAUACCCUCAUUGUCACACAGGUUGUAGAUAAGGGUGAUUAUACUGCAGUAUACUGCUCACUCCAUCUGAGAUUUUUCCUUCUUUUAGUAAAAGGCAGUUCUUUCAAGUCAUACUGUUACAAUGUUUGCGAUUCAACUGCUGAAAAUGAAAAAAGAAAUGUUUCCUUCUUUUAAUCAUAGGUUUUUCUUUAAAGUGGCAAUGAUUUGUAGUUGAUGGCAGGUGAACUGUUAACUCUAUGGCAGAUUUGUCCCUUUAAGUUACAAUGAUAAAGAGUUGGUUAGCCAUCAAACUACAUAGUUCAUCUGAGAUUUUUCCUUCUUUCAAAAACAGGCUGUUCUUUUGUAUUACACUGUUACAAAAGCGUGGACCUUCGCAUAAAAAAUCAACAAAAAAUAAUAAUAAUUAAGGAAAAUAAAACUCGAACUUUGUUUCUCAGUCAAGAAGUAUGUUCUAAUAGAAGUUUUAAUUUAUUAUUAGUAAAAUGCCUCAAAUGGAAGAUAACGUGCAUUUGUAGCCGGCAUUUCAAUGUACAUAUACACACAUUGGUUUACAUAUCUUUUGUAGCCAUGUAUGUAACUAAUAAACGAAUGAAAUGAUCAAUAAGAUUUUUGAAUUGUUCAAUUCGUCCUCAGGAUAACAAAAACAUUAGAAAAACUGUGAAAAUAUCAUAAGAUUAAUGAGAACAGAAGAUAUUCAGAACCAGCAGAAUUAAAUAAAUCUAAAGCGUCGUAGUGAAAGAUCCACAAUUAAAAUGGGCAAUACAAGGUUUGCCGGGUCAGCUAGUAACAAAAUAAAAUUGUCCAACACAACAUGUUAUGGAAACGUAAUACCUUGAUAAUUCAAUAAUAACACAACAAGAUAUAAAAACAGGUUUUGUGAUUUCGUAGUUAUUAAUUUGAUAUUCCCCUCUGCUCGGGCAAGCAUUCCUUUUAAAAGUUUCACCAUAACUUCAGUACUUCUUAUAUGAAUUCAACACUAAAGUACGUUACGAAUUCAAAUACCUUUUUUUAUUCCAGUUUUUAUAAAGUGACAGAAACUAUAUUUGAAUAUAAAGUCAAAUAUCGCACUGUGAAUUGAGUGGCCCAGUUGCAAAGAGGUGUAAGUGACGAUUUUGUCGAUUUUGAGCUGAGCAUAUCAUAUACUUUUUUAAGAUUGUUUCUAAGAUGAUUGGAAAAAUUACAAUAAAUCGGAGAAAAUUGGGUUGAUUUUGAAACUCCAUACAUUUUGUAUGGGAAGAAAAAUUGAUCAAAAACUUUAAACCUCAUUUACUCGAAAUAGGGUUUUGUCACUUACACCCCUUUGCUUCUAACCCCCUCAAUUGUCAGUCACGCCAAAUUCAUUUCAUAAUUGUAGGUUUUCAAUAACAUUUAAGCGGCGUUAACGACUAUUACAGCAAAUGAUGCAAAAGCUUAAAAUGCAAUUUGUCUCGCUGUUGAUUCCAAUAUUCUGAUUUUUAUAUCGCUAGCAUAUGCCUCACCGCCAGGAUGGUAUUCCAACUGUUGUUCAAUAAUCUAGUUUUAAAAAACAUCUGAAAAUAAAUCUAAACCUAAUCUACUGAAUUUUAGGUUGGUACUUCUUCUUCGGGUACACUUGGGAUCGAGCAACAAUGACAGGUAUGUGCUGAGGGAUAUUUUCAUCAAUGGUUCCACACCUUUGGAAGUGCCUUUCAACUACAGUCAUAAAGUUGUGUUUGAUAUGAUUAAUUUGACCAUCUGGAGCCCUACAGCUGAUACCUUCGAGCAUCUUGACCAAAGAGUUAGAUGGUUAACAAUAAAACAUUCUUCGAUUUCCAAGGUGUACUUACUGCCAUCAAUAGAUGUUCUAUGUAUUACGCAAAGUGAGGUAUCUGAGAUCGUUAUCGUCAAUUGGCAAAAAAUGAACGAUAUUGUAACGUGGAAAAUAGAGGUCAGAAAUACUUCCAUCAAAUCUAUUCCAUUCAACAUCGACAAGCUGGUGAAAUUGAACGAUUUAGAGUGGAGUAACAAUAAAAUUGAAUCGUUAAACCUGAGUAGCUUGAAUGGACUAAACGAGCUCACACAUGUGACAUUCAUUAGAUGCUCUAUUUUGGAAAUUGUAGAUCGUGAUCCAGUGCACCUGCCUUCGUUACUUGUUUUAGUGCUUAAACAAAACAACAUCUCCCAUAUCGAGACUAAUCGCUGGAGCUUGCCAAAGCUGUCCUCGCUGAAUCUGGAUAACAAUCAACUAAGUCAAAUACCUACACUUAAACAAUUCACAAGCCUACGUGCCCUGCAUCUACGGCAGAAUCUCAUUUCCAACAUAGAGCACUCAGACCUGUCUUCGCUCAAGAACUUGACCAUUCUGCUCCUGUCCUACAAUCGAAUUGCUCACCUGGAUUCUUGGCGUUCGAUCCAUCUUCCCAAAGUGAAGACCCUCCACCUCAAUUCGAACCAUUUACGACGGCUAGACGUGCGCACGUGGCGAUUACCGAAGCUGAAAGAAUUCUUCAUUGAAGACAACCAGCUGCGCACAAUUGAGGGAUUCGAAUCGAUUGCCAACGGUUUGCGGCUUUUCUCUUUCGGAGGGAACCCAUGGGACUGUGCGUGGGUACAUUUUGCCGUAGUAGAAUUGAAGGAACAGCUGCAGUCGGAAUGGGUUGAGAGUUGUCGAAUCUAAUAUGAUAAGCUUGUCACUAACCAAUCCAUGGAAAUGUUUGGAAUUAAUAGUUAAUGUGAACAUUACGAUUUACUAUUCAAAUAGUUUUUCAUAUUGUUAAUAUAAUUAUUCUAUUACGUUUAUGUAAUAAAACCUACACCGCUUCACGAAUUGCGAAUUAAGGAUUAAAAAAAGCACGGCUCCACGGAGGAAAUAGGGGGGUUCAAUUCUGAAGGGGAUUCAUUGGUUGCAUGUUAGAUCCUGCUUCAACUUAUUUGUAUAUUAAACGAUUUUGAUUUAAUAUGAGUAAAAUUGAAAAGGUUUUUUUUUUUCUAAAAAAGAAAAUAUUAUAAAUCGUCAAAAAUUACCUAUUUUCUCUGGGAUUUCUUGGGUUUUCGGCUUGCAGUCUGAAAAAAUUGCGUUGACUGAUUUCAGAUCAUCGCCGACGUUUCGGUCCAGGUAUGGGACCUUCCUCAGGGCUCGAUACAACAAUCAACCUGUCACAGAACUUUUUAGAAAGCAAAAAAUGUCGGGUCGUAAAGGGUCACGCUGUCUGCUACACUUCUGGGCCAUCCGUUAUGAUUCGGUCCAGGGAAUUCCCUUCUAGCACGGAGGAAUACCUGCCGGGAUUGACCACCACUUUCUCUGGGAUAAGUGCUUAAAACAUCUCUCUGAUAAAUCUAUCACGAUUAUUUCAUACAUAUCCCCAGAUAGUUCUGGUUGAUGAUUUUUACUACUUUUAAAAAAGUCACGUAUUUCACAAGAAAAUUUUUGAAAGUUUGAUUUUUACGUUGGAUGACAAACAAACCUUCAGCAGAACCAUAGCAGUACUCACUCGCUAGCCACCUUUUAGCAUAAUAUGUAUUAAUUGUUUAUUUCAUAAUAAAACUUAGAAAAUACAAUAUCUAGCACUCAGCGUACUUCCUGAAUGGAAUACGCCAAGUCUUGAGUGCUUUGUCCAAACACUCAUACACCAGCACCAUAGCUUGGGUCCCUUCACAUUGCUCGAUUCCGGGUAAUGAGAAAGCGGACUCUCUGGCUACGGUGGGCGGUUGCGAAGGCGAUAUUUACGAGCGUCAAAUCGCCUUCGACGAUUUUUUUUCAUUGGCCCGACCAUGAUCAGCUAGGCUGGCAACACAAAUGGAGAGAUGGAGAGAUGGGUAGACGGUUGCACUUCAUCAUUCCACAGAUGUCGGAGAAGCCAAAGGGUUCAAAGGGUUGGGUUUAGGCCUCGAUUUCAAUCGUGUAAUGAGUCGGCUGAUGUCCAACCACUAUUUGUUGAACGCACAUACCUUCCGUAUUGGGCUCUCGGAAAGCAAUUUCUAUGUCUGCGGCGUGGCUUAUCAGGAUAUCGAACAUGUCGUGUGGGGUGCGAUGAGUAUCGUGAGGUCAGAUCUGAGCUGCAUGAAAUUCUCCGGGUCCGAGGCAAACAACAGAAACCCGUUUGUGAAGUGUUGGCAGGCCUUGAUUUGGAAUACAUGAAUCUGAUUUAUCAGUUUUUGAAACGUGUUGAUCUCAGAGUUUGGUGUAGCACGUUGCUUGUUUUCUCUGUCCGCCAUUUUGUUUUGUUGUUCGCCCCUGUCAGUCGCUGUCCCCUUCCGUUUGUCCUCUUCUUGUCGUUGUCUACCGCAAGGUGUUUACAUAUUCUAAGGUAGUCUUAGAUGUCAAAACUGGCUGAGCGGCCAUUAUUUUUUCACCGUGAGAAAUUCUGAAAACAAAUCCCCCGCCUCCUUAAAUUCCUUUGAAAUUUCUGCUUUUCUCCUCAAACUAAACGUCAUGCUCAACCUUACAAUAUAUAAAAACCUUGGUCUACCGUAAAUCCCUUUUUUUUUGGUUCUGUUAUAGAUCAGGACAUUUUGUCUCAUCAAUGUUUUUAAAAUAAGUUAGCAAAUAAUUUAGCUUAAAAAAAUGCCUCCUUUCCAAUUUUAAUUUUUUGUAAUCCCUAACCUCGAAACAGCCGCGAGUACUUCGGCUUCCCAAACUAACAUAGUAUUUAAGGCAGUAUAAAAAAUGUUAAAUGUAAAACAAUGAACAAAUUAUUUCGGAUCAGUUUUGCCCAUAAUUAUUUUGUAAUUUUGCCAAUUAUCAAUGAAAUUGUAUUAACCUUUAUUCACUCGGUCUUAGGGAACGCCAUGUUCUAAUGCUACAUUAAUUCGAUUACUUAUGCAGGUCCUAUGAUAUUCAGGAUUGUAUAUGACCUCAUUUCUUGCUAACUUUAGUUGUAUAUAUUGUUGUGCUAGCACAACAAUACGGACAAUCAGAGCCGUAGCGUGCGGUUGGCCAGGUUGGCCCCCGCCAAGGGCGCCAACCUCUGAGGGGCGCCGAAAAGGCCUUAGACUAGAAGAAAACAGGAUGAUGUUACUGUCUUCCUGAAUGUUAUCAAGAUUUCACUAUAUCAGUAUCUAUCCGUUUUAACAUGUUUCCGUAUUCUAAAAAAUUCAAAUUUCUCUAGUUUUUUUUUAACUUUUACCUUUAAAUGCAUCAUUUUUUUAUUUUUAGUGACUUAUUUUUUAAACAAGUAAAGCAAACACAAAAUGCUUUUAAAAUUCUAGUUUACUUUAAAAAAUUCCUAAACAUUCUCACUGGGGAAUACCAUGAGGUUACUUCCGAGGAUUUUCUUCGAAUUAAUUGAAGUAUUUCUUUUAGGAAUUAAUGCAGAAAUUAGUCAAAGGAAUCUUCCAGAUGUUUCUCUAAGAAAUUUAUUAAAUUAUCUUCCAUAGUUUCUUCGAGGAAUUUCGGUAAGAGUGUAGAAUUAGCAAACAUUAAAAUACACAA